CCGCGGGAGGGAAGGGGGGAGGGGGCGCCGCCGCCGCCGCUGCCGCCACCACCGCCGCUGCCCCCGCCGCAGGACGUCUCCCAAGAUGGCGGCGUCCCUGGACAUGGAGCCGCCGGCGCUGAGCCUGGAGCUGCUGCCCACCGACCCGCUGCUGCUCAUCCUCAGCUUCCUCGACUACCGCGACCUCAUGAGUUGCUGCUAUUUAAGUCGAAGAUUAAAUCAACUAUCAAGCCAUGAUCCAUUAUGGAAAAGACAUUGCAAGAAAUACUGGCUUAUUUCAGAAGAGGAGAAAAUUAAACGAAAUCAGAGCUGGAAAGCUCUCUUCAUCAGUACUUACUCUGAUCUAGGAAGAUAUAUCCGCUAUUAUGCUACACUGAAAAAAGCCUGGGAUGACUUAGAAAAAUACUUAGGACAGCGGUGUCCUCGGAUGAUUGGUUCUUUGAAAGAGAGUGUGCAGGAGGAAGAUCUAGAUGCUGUGGAAGCACAAAUAGGUUGCAAACUUCCUGAUGACUAUCGAUGUUCAUUUCGUAUUCAUAAUGGACAGAAGCUAGUUGUUCCUGGUUUAAUGGGAAGUAUGGCACUGUCCAACCACUACCGCUCUGAAGACCUGUUGGAUAUUGAUACAGCUGCUGGAGGUUUUCAACAGAGGCUAGGUCUGAAACAAUGCCUUCCUCUUACUUUUUGCAUUCAUACUGGCUUGAGCCAAUACAUGGCCUUGGAGAGUGUGGAGGGUCGAAAUAAAUACGAGAUCUUCUAUCAAUGUCCAGACCAAAUGGCUCGCAAUCCAUCUGCUAUUGAUAUGUUCAUUACAGGUACCUCUUACUUGGAAUGGUUUACAUCCUAUGUAAACAAAGUUGUAACUGGUGGUUAUCCUAUCAUCAGAGACCAAAUUUUCAGGUAUGUGCAUGAUAAAGAAUGUGUUGCUACCACAGGAGAUAUUACUGUUUCUGUGUCCACAUCUUUUCUACCUGAACUCAGUUCUGUACAUCCACCUCAUUAUUUCUUCACUUACAGAAUCAGAAUUGAAAUGUCUAAAGAUGCCCUUCCUGAGAAGGCUUGUCAGCUGGAUAGUCGAUACUGGAGAAUAACAAAUGCCAAAGGUGAUGUAGAAGAAGUUCAGGGUCCUGGAGUAGUUGGAGAGUUUCCAAUAAUCAGUCCAGGGAGAGUCUAUGAAUACACCAGCUGUACUACAUUUUCCACAACUUCUGGAUAUAUGGAAGGAUAUUACACUUUCCACUGCCUCUACUACAAGGACAAAUUCUUUAAUGUUACAAUUCCCAGAUUUCAUAUGGUGUGUCCAACGUUCAAGGUGUCUACAGCACGGAUGGAAACAAAUCAUAAUGAAUAUGCAGUGGAUGAAGAUGAAGAUUCCACAGACACUGACGAAUAUGAAGACAGGCGUAGAGUGUUGGAUAUUCCUGCACCUUCUGGUCGCUGCCCACGCCAUACCUAAUGGGAUCUUUUUUUCAAAAUGGAACAAACUAUUGAUUGCAGAAGCUGAACUCUUUGGGGCUAGUGCAUAAGAAUAUUUCUGACUAUUGUAAAUGAACUUUCUGUUGCACAUCAGGGCAACUAGCAUGAAUGUUGGUGCCAGUUCUAAUAUUCAUCACAGUAUAACUUUUUUUUUGCCAUGGUUUGGAAGGUGGGGGAGGCAGGGAGGAAGAGAAAGAUAUUUGAGUUUUGUUCACUUUUUUUUAAUUUUUUUUUUCCAAAGUGCAAAACAGCUCCAUAGCCUGAGGUAUUCAUAUAUUACAUUUUUAAACUAUUGCCUAUUUAUGAUCAUAUUACAAAUAUGGUGUGGGGAUUUGUUUUUAUACAAGCAUUUAAAAGUUAGCAAUAGACGAGACUGCAAAAAAAGGAUGCAUACUAUUGUCUUUUCUCAUGGGUUUCUACUGUUGAUACCUUCUGCUACAAAUGAAUCUUGCAGUUUGGCUUAAGUUGCCCAAUUGGGUUGGAUCAGGUGCUCUUGUGCGUUUUUAUUAAUCUAAAAGUACCAGAAUAUUCUGGUCAUCUAAUGCAUAAAUUUGGAAUGAAACUGGCCUUAUUUUUAGACAAUCUGUCUUUCAGCUUAAUUUUAUUCUAAAUUACUCUGAUUGGAUAAUGCCUUUUGGAAUGUAGUGUACAUGAAUAAUCUGCCACUCGGUAACAAAACUUUCUCAAUGACUACAAAGUAUGAAUUUGUAUAUAUGUUUUGAGUUUUUCUUUAUAUGAUGUUAGCUGUUCCAACUUUGUCAUAGGUGACAAAUUUAUGUUGAAGUAUCAUGUUUUCCUAAAUCCUCUCUGGAUUUUUGUAACUACACCUGAAUCAAAAAAUUGGAGCUCAAUAGAACAUCAGAUGACUAGCAACUUUAAAUAUAAAGAAGUAUCUCUUUGCUUUAUCACUUUUUUUUUUCCAUCGCCAUCAAUAAACACUUAACUGCCUCCUUUGCUCUAAA